UCACAGGCUCAGAUACAUAGCCCAGGCCACAGAGGGGAUGAUCAAUCCUCUUCUUGCUAGAGACGGCGUCAAAUCUGCCUCUGGCUCUGCCGUCAAGUCCAUAAGCCUCUCCCGGGCUCUGCUGUGGACCUUCCCCUGCUCCACCGAGAGCAAUCAUGGGCGAUGGGGUGGUGUAUCCUUCUGUCUUCGUGGUGGACGGCCAGCAACACGGGGUCCCCUUUGUCCCGCCCAUGAGGAGGAAGCGACGGGUGUGCUGGCACAGCCAGUUCUUCCUGGCCUCUCUGGUCAUCUUAGCCCUGGCCGGCGUGGCCACCGAAGGCUAUUUCCUGAUCCGCUUCCAGAAAGAGCUGAAGAAGGCGACGUCCCAGGUUGGGGAGGAAGCAGGGGCCAUCUCCGAGAAGUCCAUUCAAGACCGGAAACGUCAUGCUGAGAAGCCAGCAGCUCAUGUCUUGGGUGCAGCCUUCACCACCUCUGGGAACGGCUCUCUGCAGUGGGAACACAGUAAGGACUGGGCUUUCCUGCAUGACGUGGGUUACCAGGGCGGCUCUCUGGUCUGCAUCAAGCCCGGCUACUAUUACAUCUACUCCAAGGUCCAUCUCAUGGCGCAGAGUUGCUCUCAGCAGGGCCAGAGUUCCGUCAUCUAUCAUGGCAUCUAUAAGAAGACCCCCAGGUAUGUCGAGGAGAUGAAACUUGUGGAGAACCUGGUCCUUUACUGCAAUGGGAAGGAUAGUGGGUUCUGGCGGCAAAACAGCUUCCUGGGAGGAAUCUUCCACCUGGAGGAGGAGGAGCAGAUUUACGUCAAGGUGUCACAGAGACAGGUGCUACAGAUCAGAGACGGCACCAGGACUUAUUUUGGCACCUUCAUGAUCUGAGCGGGCCCUUCCCGGAGCCACAACUGCUGGGUUUUGGGUUGAGGCCUUGUGCUUUUUAAUCUGCCACUGAUAUGGUUUUCCUACAUGGACCAUCCCUCUGACCCAGCACCCCCCAAAAUACUGUUGCACCUUGCCGGUCUAAUAUGCUCCCCAGACUGGACCCAGCUCAUGAGGUUAACUUCAGAGGCUGGUCACAGAGCUCAGAAGAAGGAAGGGUGGGCUUCCAGUUGAGGCCUUGUAUUAGGAAUCAGGACUCCUGGGUUCUAUUCUCUCCCUGGGAAAGGGACCUGGCUCUAGCAGUUUGCUCAGGGGAGACUGGGAGUCAGGACUCCUGGGUUCUAUCCCCAGCUGUGCUACCCACCUGCUGUCAAACCAUGAGCAAGUCACCUUGCCUCUCUGUACCUCCAUUUCCCUAGCUGCAAAACAGGGAUGAUGGUUCUCCCUUACCCUUGUGUUAUAGGCCAUAAUGCUGUCCCCUGCGUAGCCAGCCACUGUCCCUCCGUCAGGUCCAGCGGGUUUUCAAAUAGCUUUGAAAGUGGAAAGACAAAGAAACUGGCUACCACAAGGGACUAUGGGACAUUUCGCCUCCAGGUCGCCAAGGCAGGCCAACCCUCAGCCACUGUACAUCAGUGUAACUUCAAUCAUUCCAUGCUUGUUUAUGCCAGCUGACCGGGUGAUGGUGGGAGGGAAGUGUAUUUAAUUGGCUUACAGUUCUGCUUAGCAACUGGUGGUGCUUGACGGUGUCAAAUCCUGCCGUUCCCUUUGCUCAUGGGGAAGACCCUGAUCCUGAUUCGGGCAGAGAGCCAUCUCGUCAGCUGGUGCAAAUCAGCGUGGCUGCGAUGGAGCAAUGCCAGCUUAUCCCUGCUGAGGAUUGGGCCCUCGCUAUUUAACCCUGGGCGAGAACGGGCCAGGUUCUCCUCUCACUCACUGCGGUGUAAAUCCGGAGGAAGUUCGUGGAAGCGGCACUGAUAUAAGACUUACCCGAGGGAAGGAUCCUGCGUAACAGGCCCAGAUCUCCGGCUGGGAGACGUUCGUGUCGAUCCAUUGGCGUCCUUGAGUCGAAGCUGAUUUCCAGCCGCUGGGGAUAUGGCCCGGCUCCCACCAUUCCCUGCACUGUUUUAUGUGCCGCUGUGAAUGUAUGUAAGUGUGUGCACCUAUUUAUUUUCCAGUGAGUAGUCCCUGAUAUUCAGGGAGCAGCUGUAUCUAAUGGUUAUUUAUCCAUUA